UGCACAUAUCACUUCCUUAUCAUCCUCCCCCGUUUUGGGCCAUCGGACUCCAUCCCUCCACCGGGCCUGUUCGUCCUACGCUGCUCAGUGUCGAGUCCCACGUCUCCUAGCAACAUUGGCCUCCUUUCAUAUCUGCCUGUGUACUUUGUGCAUUUACGUCACUGCCUGGCUGCGUGCCUGCUCGUGCGUGCUUGCUAUGAGCGUGCCCGCCAGAGGCGGCCGUGUCGAGUACAGGCGUGGUGCGUGCGUGUCGGCGGACGGCGUACUGUGUGCGUGCGGGAAGCGUGCUGCGUUCGGGCGGUGUUUUGCGUAAGGGCGUGCUGCGUGCGGACGAGGCACUGCGUGCCGGCGGAUGCCGCGCUGCGUGGGGGCGGUGUUGUGCGUAAGGGCGUGCUGCGUGCAGGCGAGGCAAUGCGUGCCUGCGGAUGGCGUGCUGCGUGCGGGAGGUGUGCGUAUGACGCCACCUGAGGCCACAAGAUGAAAUUCUCGUGCCUCUCCUUCCGGCAGCCUUACGCGGGCUUUGUCUUAAAUGGGGUCAAGACCUUGGAGACGCGUUGGCGCCCCCUGCUGAGCAACCACCGGCACUGCACCAUCGCCAUCCACAUUGCUCACAGGGACUGGGAAGACACUGCCUGGAGGGAGCUGCUGCUGGAGAGGCUGGGGCGGACCUCCGCUCAGGUUCAGGCCUUGCUUCGGCAAGGGGAGAAGUAUGGCCGUGGAGUGAUAGCUGGGCUCGUUGACAUUGGGGAAACUUGGCAGUGCCCGGAAAACUUAGCUCCCGAUGAGGUGGUGGAGCUGGAAAAUCAAGCUCUACUGACCGACCUGAGGCAGAAGUACCUGACUGCGCUUUCAAACCCCAGGUGGCUCCUGGAGCCCAUACCCAGGAAAGGCGGAAAGGAUGUCUUCCAGGUCGACAUCCCAGAGCACUUCAUCCCCUUGGGGCAGGAGCUCUGAUGAGCGAGGGCUCCUCAGAGGAAGGGUACCAAAAACCGAGCGGAAGGAUGACCGUGAACUCGCCGUCAUGCCGCGGACCUAUAGAUCAGGCUGACCUAUAGGUUCAGCCUGAAGUGGCACGACUGUGGCGAGCACUCCCCGCCAUGCGCUGUUCUGUGAACAGCUUUCUGCACGCAGAUGCAGGGCACUUCCCUCGUGAGCUGCCCCUCUGGGCUCCUUGACAGUCUCAAUGGCUUGGAUCUUUAGGAAAAAGAGAAAACUGCCACCAAAUGUCUUGGCGUUGCCACUCAUUUUGGCCCUGCCGGUUCCCAGGUUGUACAAAGAAAUAUGUUUUAAGAGAAGCGGUCAGGGCUCUGGGCUCCCUUGCACGAUUCCCCACCCCAUGUUCUGGUCAAACUUUUAGAAUGUUUCAGCAGCACCCAGGGAGUGUCGUGGGAGGGCUGGGAGUGGGCACCAAACGAUUGCCUGAGGGCAACCCGACAGGGAUGGCCUCAUUCACCAUGAAGGGGCCAUCAGACUUGGAAACAGCACCUGUCUGUCCCAGCAAGUGUCUCUUACCCUGUUGUAAAAGUCUCCCUUGGCUCCGGAAGCCGUGUGUUACACAUGUCACACAGCUACAUCGUGACCAAAGAAAGGUUCUGAAAUACAGCUCUGAUGGGAAAGUG